CCUUUCAGCUGCUUCCCACCAAUCAAAUCGCUGCCUUGGCGGGAGGACGGUCCGUCGGACGUGCUGGCAACAGGUUCCUCUGGUCGUGGGGGUGAUUUUCCCCAAUGUCCUCGGCCCGUGGAAUAACAUCUCCCCAUCUUAGCGCUGCGUGGACUUGCUGUUGAUUUAUACAUGCCGAGGAAUUGGCAGAGGAAGCGCUCGGAAACUGGACCAUCACUGCAGGAAGCGACAAUGGGAACUCCUUCCACUGACCGGAAGGCGCAGCUGGAUUACGGCGUUCAGAUCCGCUUCAUCAAAGACCUCCAUGACACAGGCGGGGUCCCACCCGAAAAGUCCAGAGCAAGCAGCAACGCCACGCCUCCUUCCAACAAAUACGGAGUGGCUGUGAGGGUCCAGGGGAUCUCUGGGCAGCCGUAUGUCGUUCUGAAAGAUGGGGAGAAAGGUGACUCUUAUGGAGUCCAGCUGUCUAAUCCCAAUCCCACUUCCGGGUCAACAUCUCCGUACAACAGCAUCCCAAGAAAUGGCACAGAACUGGCAGAUUUUCCCGACUCCUUCAGCCCUGCUGUACGCCCUUCCCGCUCCCCGGUGUCUCCGGCAGAGGAUGAGGAUGGGGAGAUAUUCGGGAGCCCCCUGAGGAGACCUCCAGGGGACGGCCAGGCUGGGACUCAGGGGGAGGAGGACGGAAGAGCCGGCAGGGAGCGUCGGACGGAGAGGCCAAAACCUGAACCCCAACUCAAAGCUGCACCCAGCAAAACGGAGAAGAAAAUUAACGGGACUGAUAACGAGGAGUAUAACGAAGCAGGACUGAAGCCCGUUAAGCUAAAAUCCGCGGGACCCAAAGGGUUCAACCGAACUGCUGCUGGAUUUACCGGUUCUGUGGGGAGAAAACCCGGCUGGGAUUCACCCCCAGAGUCAAUCCCAGAGCCUCCACCGCCGACUGACAGCGAGCCCGCCGCAGCCAUCGACACCAACUCCCUGGCGCCCAUCAACAAACUCAUCAACAAGUUCAACAGCAGCACGCCGGGCGGCACCCUGCAGGCGAGGGGCCGGACCGGAGCCAGGCAGCGGCUCCAGUUCGACGAGCGCAAGAGGUCCAGAAGUCUCGACGCCCGGAAAGAUGCACAGCCGCAGGCCAUCCCUGCCUCUCCUUCGUCUCCCGCUCUGAACCCUCAUGCUGAGCCCAUAUCUGCCGCUUCCAGUCCAGUGAUGUCAUCUGCUCCAGCAACCGCUGUCAAGGCGACGGCGCCCAACGCCCCUAAGGCGAUCUUCAAGCCACCAGAGAAGUUUGCUGCUAAAGAUAGUCCUCCAACUAUUGCAAAAAAACCUGAAACGCUUUCAAGAAGUCUGAGUCAAAACACAGAUGUUGCUAGAAGAGAAGAGUCUGUUUACAACAUCUUCAAAGACGGCAGCUCCAGUGAGACCGAAGCUUCGUUUAAAAGAAAAUCCAGCCUCGUCUUCGAGACUCCAGACCGAUUGCAGAAGGGAGGAACCGACGGAAACAUCAGAAAGGAGAAACUUGAGGAUCUUCACAAGCAACUCGAACGGUACAAGAAGGAACUGGAGCAGGCGCAAGAUGAACUUGCUGCAGAGCGAAUGGCCAGAGAGGUGGCAGAGUCUCGUCUGCGUCUUCAGGAAGAUCAGCUGGCUCAUCUCCAGGAAGAGCUGAGGCGGGUUGUGGAGAAUCUGCCCCAGUCGGACUCAUUCCAGUCGGAUGUGACGAACCUGCAGGCCCAGUUGGCCGAAGCCACCAUGUUGUACCAGCGGCAGGAGGAGGUGCUCCACCAGCGAGAGCGAGAACUGACGGCGCUGAAGGGGGCGCUGAAGGAGGAGGUGGAGUGUCAUGACAAAGAGAUGGAGGCUCUGAGGGAGCAGUUCAGCCAGGACAUGAAGAACCUACGGAAAAACAUGGAGGAGUUCACACAGUCGCAGGAGCAGAUCGAGGAGGAGCGGGAGAAGGUGAAUGCCUCCCUGUUGACACUGGAGGAGGAGCUGGAGAGCAGCAGGGAGCAGGGGGAGCAGUGGAGGACGGAGCUGGAGGCCGCCACGCAGAAACUGCACAGCACCACAGAGGAACUAAAAAAGUCUCGUCUGGAGAAGGAAAAGGUUGAGGGCUCCCUGAAGGAUCUUCAGAACAAAAAGCCUGCGUCUGACGAUGCAAACGCUUUAAAAGAGGAGCUCCGGCGUUGCCAUGACGAUCUGAAGCGUACCCGCGCCGAUCUGGAGAGACAAAAGGGCGAGACGGAGGAGAAAGCCGGAGCACUCGAAGCCCUGAAGAAGGCGAGUGGAGAGAUGGAGGCCGAGCUUCUGUCGGAGAUUAGCAAGCUGAAGGAGCAAUUUCUGGAAGGCAAGGCCGAGCUGGAAAAGGCCCUCGAGACGGCGAAGGAGUCAUCUAUUGCAUCAGCAGGGAAGUCUGUGGUGGACGGCGGCACCAAUCAGGAGCUGCAGCAGGAAAACACUCGCCUCAAAGACAGGCUGGCCCGCAUGCAAUCAAGGCUUCAGUCCAGUGUGCCGCGCAGCUCAGAUGCUGAGGAGGAGCUGGAAGCCCUGGAAGAUGAGAACCGCUCCCUGAAGUGUCAGCUGGAGGAGGCCAAGAGAGGCGCCACCUGGCUGAGCAAAGAGCGGGACGACCUCACCCGGCGGCUGGAAGAACGAGACCUGGAGAGGGAGGCGCUACGACGGGGCAAAAGCGACCUGGAGGAGCAGAAACGGCUGCUGGACCGAUCUCUUGAGAAGAUUAACAAAGAGAUGGAGUUGAUGAUGGGAGAUUCUCGUCAGUCGGUGGCCACUCUGCAGACGCAGCUGGAUGAAUUCAGGGAGCGAUCGAGAAAAGACCUGCUGGAGGCGCAGCGAAACAGCAAAGACCGGCUGGCUGAGCUUCAAAGGGCUCAGAAUAACCUGAAGGCCCAGCAGGAAGAGGUUUCUCGUCUUAAGAAGGAGCUGCUGACCUGCAGCGAGGAGAGAGACGGCGCUCAGCUGGAGAGAGAUCUCCUCAACAACCGGCUGAAACACUUGGAGAAUGAGCUGGAAUCCGAGAGGAGCUCCCACUCAGACCGAGGCCGGGAGAUCCGGGGCCUGGAGGAUAAAAUCAAGACACUGGAGAUCGAGCUUGAUGAGGAGAAGAGUGGAGUGGAGCUGCUGAACGAUCGCAUAACCAGGAGCAGAGAUCAGGUGGACCAGCUUCGCUCGGAGCUGAUGCAGGAGCGCUCAGAAAGACACGACCUGGAGAUGGACAAGAGCACCCUGGAAAGACAGGUAAAGGAGCUCAAGUCCCGCCUGGCUGACAUGGAGGGACAGAGCCGACCCACAGCUGGAAUCACGCUGCUGGAGAACAAGAUCCAGGAGCUGGAGGAGAGACUCCGCAGUGAAGAACGGGAGAAGACGAGCAUCCAGGCAUCCCAGAGACGAGCGGAGAGAAAACUGAAGGAGCUGAACGCCACGUUGGACCAGGAGAGAAGCCAGCAUAUUGAGCAGAGGGAUCAGCUGACCCUCCGUGUUAAGGCCCUGAAGCGUCAGCUGGAUGAGAGCGAGGGAGAGGUGGAGCGCUUGGAGGGAGUCCGCCGUAAAGUCCUCAGAGACCUGGAGGAGCAGCAGGAGCUCCAGGAGGCUCUCCAGGCCAAAGUCGCAGCGCUGGAGAACGACCUGAAGCGAAAGUCGCAGCAGACUCAUCGUACGGUUCUGACAUCAUCCGUGUUGAGCUCUGAUGAGGAGGACGGCCCUCCAACUUGAGACGACCACAAAUAAAAAAUUUUAAGAAAAGGACGAGAGAUUAAAGAAAUCUCACCCGUGAAAAACUCAGAUUUAUCUGAUUUUCAUUAUUUUAACACUCUGCUGUGAUUAUGAUUCCUUCAGAAAUGUCGUCUUUUAUCUGUCUUGGUUUUUAAAGAGUAACAGCAUGUUUUAAAAAAGUUUGACUGUCCUGUGUGUUUGUUAUAAUUACAGUGGCAGCACAUUACUGCAACAUGGUUGUUAAUCUAUUCCGGUCAGUUUUACUUCUCAACCAAAAAAGACCCGUAUGUUUUAUGUAUGAAUGUUUCCUUGCAUGAUAACUUGUAUCCUUCAGUUGCAGCUUCCUGGAUGUCUUUGUGUUUAAAGUGAACUUCUCUAUUUUACUUUAUUUUUAUUUUUUUACGGUUUUGACUGUGACAGUUUGGGGCCAAUAUUCUGAGCCUGUAUUUUUACACUGUGUUACCUGUUCCUACAGACAAUCAGUAGCAAAUAAAUGUCUGCAUGUAUCAGUUUUUAUAACUUUCAACCACAUAAUUAAAUAUUUAAAAACUUAACACACACUCAUCUUUGCCAUGAAUGUUGUCAUUUAAAAAAAUUUAAAAACAGAAAUUGGAUACAGAACUUUGGCUGUGAAUACACAGCGUCAAAAUUAUCCACAUAUACAAACAUUUUUCCUUUUGUAGCCGUUAGAAAAAGUUGCUGGUAUUAUUCUGGCUGGAUUUAUGACGACUCCGAUUGGUUAGAAAUCAUUGAAGCUGAUUACUUUUUGGGAUUAUUACUCCAGGCUCAUUAUAUGGUGCAUGAGAACCUGUCAGUAAAAACAGACCCUGAGCAUGAGGCUGCCACCACCGUGCAGAAAGCCACAGAUUAUGAAUUAGAGAGUGGAGUUUCAAUGAAAUAGUUAAAUUAACUUGCCAGUAAACAGACCUGGACAGCCUCAUUCAGAAGAAAUCCCUCCUAUUUCAAGUUUCUGAUGGUUGUUGACAUUCUAGGUCCAGACGGAGAUGUGUUCAAGGACGUCUGACAGAGCACUGAAGCUUUUCUGUUCAUUUUGGAAAAAUUUAAUCUUAAUGACACAUUUAAUAUUGUGCUGCAGUAAUGAUCUAUAAAAUAUUGAAAUUAUUUCCACCACUACAGUUCUUAACAGAACUGUGAGCAGCCAUUUUGUUCUUGAAAAAAUGUGAUGUAGAUUUUUCUUUUUAGUGGAUAUUCUGCAAGUUAAAAUUGGGAAGAAUCAACUCCAUCAUUAAUAAAGCUGCAUGGUGUUUAUGAAAUUAUAAACUCAGGAUCUUUUAGAAGAAAAUCCCAGCUGGAGUAACUUUUUAAUUUCUUAAAAAAAUAGUUUGAGGAGUGCAAACAUUAAAAAGGAAUCUCCAUCUGUUAAACAUGACCGCAAAGUUUAAAAAACACAUUUUAAUAACUCAUAAUUCUGGACACAUUUUCUUUUAACUGAGGCGGAGAGUUUUAGUCAAAUGAUUAGAAGUUGGAAAUAAUGGGGUGUUGAUAGGAUGAUGAUCCAAAACACAUAUCAGAACUGGUUUUUAAUGGAUAAACAUGCUAACAGCUUCUAGAAAGACUUUCCUAACACCCAAAGCUCAAUCUGAUUAAGAGUGGUCAAUAAAAACAGAGUCUGUAUCAGGAAACCAAUUAAUUUAAAUUUGAAUUUACUCUAGAGUGGAUAUUACGUAGUAUACUGGUGCUGUGUGUAUAUAUAUUUAAGCAUGUAUGAUGUGUUGGCUUGAGCAAAAAACCACAAUCAAUGAAAAAAUCCUGCACCUAAUUCUUUUUUUACAACUAACUGGAAAACAAAAUGUUUCAAGAGCAUCAGACAAAGUCACAAAUGAAUGAUGACAUUAAUAUUUAUGGUAAUUGUGUGUAAUGUUCUGUUCAGAACUGUAGAAACUUGAUUUAUCUACAAAUGUCCACUAAGACGCCUUACAUUGAGCUUCAUGGUUUAACUUCCUGUGUCGCAGCUGCAGCAUUGUGUUUCACAUGCUUGCCUUUUCCUGCGUCUUCUUCUGUGCAUUUCUGUGGCAGGACCCAUUACGUUUCUUUUGUAAGAACAUUGUUCCAGUAGUUAUGGAUGUUUAUAAUUUUCUAAUGAUGGUAUUAUUGUAUGUUAGGAUUACGUGUAAGGAUACUGUUAAAUUAAAAAUGUGUUUUUCAUGAGUUGGUAAGCUUGUGAUUUUUCUUAAAGGAACUUUAACCAAAGUUUGGAGCUGGUGUAAAAUAAUAAAAAUGUUUUCAGUA